AUGACAGCUACAGCAGCAGCCAUCUGCAACAGAAUUUUCCGCGAAACAGCCAAUUGGGAAAAUGCAAAAAAGUUUUGUGAAAGUAUUGGUGGUCAUCUCGCGGUAGCUAACUCUAUAGAAGAACACGAAUUCAUGAAAGCAUUACAUCUACUGAGCUUCAAUAAGGGUAGAACAUGGAUUGGAUUUCGUCGCGAUAAAACAGCCAAAACUGGUUGGAGAUGGGUAGACGGUUCGACACAAAUGUUUAACGUUUGGCACCAAGGGGAACCAAACAACGAAGCUGGAAGAGAAAAUUACGGAAAUCUGGAAUCUGACGGCCUAUGGAACGACAAUGAACUUAAUGCGUGGCAGGAGAAACUGGGUGUUAUGUGCGAAUCGGAAAACUGCGGUGAUGGCCUCCAAGCAAACUAA